AAUUUUCUUCGCCCAAAGACAGAAAACAUUCGCAUCUGUCAAAGCCGCCAAGAAAGAACAAGGAGCAAAUUGAAUGAAGCAGCUGAAUGUAGCCUCAAAAUCACUGAUUUCUUCCCAAUUUUAAAUGAGAUGGAAAUAAUUUUGAAAGAAAACAUUGAACUGAAAGAAAAACUUGCUGCCCAAAUGAGUAAUGUUUUAAAGAUGGAUUCACCACCUACUGAAUUUGGUAUGCUAAAUUUGCUUCUAGAGUGUGCAAAGAGCAAUGCGGGUAAGAAACCUGGUGGUUGGCGCUUUCAUGAGGUGGUAAAAGAGCUUGCCUUUCUUAUUUACUCUCUUGGAGGCCUAGCACUUUAUGAGGUGUUAUGCUACAAGCAAAAUUUCCCAUUUCCUUCCAUAACAACCAUCAGAAGAAAAAUUUACUGCAAUGACAAAUUUGUUGAAGGUGUCUUCCGUAUCAAGCAGCUAAAGCAGUUUUUGAUUCUUCAUGAAUGCCCCCUGACAGUCCAUCUGUGCGAAGAUGCUACUGUAGUCACUGGACGGAUACAAUAUGACUCUGCCAGUAAUCAAAUUGUUGGACCAACAUUACCACUAGAUUCAAAUGGUCUUCCCAUUAUUGGAAGUUUCCCAGCAACCAGUGCUUCUAAAAUUGCUGAAUACUUUGAAAAAUAUGACACAAGCAGGUAUGCCUAUUGCAUAAUGGCAGUCCCUUUGAAGCAAGGUGCCCCUUCAUUCUGCCUAAGUUUGUAUGGGACUAACAACAAAUUUAAGGCGUCAGAUGUUAAAAGCAGACUAGCAUGGACUCAAGAAGCACUCCACAAAGAAGGUAUUCAAGUUAUUAGCUUUGCAUCAGAUGGUGAUACUAGACUGCUCUCAACUAUGUAUCAAAAUCACCUAGUCUUCCUGAUUGGCCUUGGUUCAGUGCCAAGAAGAAAGUAAAAGUUGUCUACUUUCAAGAC